CUGAAAAAUCUAGACAGCAUCCAACUUAUGACCUCUUCUUACGACAAUAAUGCCCCCAAUGCAAGCCGGCCAUGGUUUGAAAUCUCGAUCUUCAGAGACAAUGGUGAUUGUAUUCGGGUUCACGUUGCCGCUGAUAAUGCAGCCUCAGAAACUCAUUACAAAGACGGUGUACUGGUAUUUGGCUUUGGCGGCGAGGACGGUGUGCAACCAGUCGACGAUUUAGUACUCCGUGAAGUGCUGCAAGCUGAACCAAGGGUCCCGGAUGCGGCUUCAACCUUUGAGGAUAUGAGCGACAAAACGACAGAUCAGGUGAUGAUUGAGCUAAGCAACAAAGCAAGGCCAAUCUUGGCUAGAUCGGAUUGGUCAAACCCCGAUGAGUUUGUGACACACGCAGAGGUGGCUAGAGAAAAGAUGAAGAAUGUCCUACUUGUCUUGGAUGCUGAAGACCUAUCGAAUGCGACGGACACGGACCGUCGCCUGUCGUGGGGCCAGACGGUCGAGAAUAUCUGGAACAAUACCAUUAAAGUGCCUUGCGACGCAAUAUGGCAGAAAUCUGAAGUAAAGAACGAGGGCGGAGAAAGUACCUUUGGGAACAACUAUUUCCACCUUCUCAUCCAGCUCGGUUUGGAGGGCGCAAUCUACAAGGGCUUCCAAAAAGACGACAAAGAAACUGCCCAUCUCAUCUACGAGCCAACCAGCGCCAAAGGCAGUUUUCUUCGCUCUUACUCGGAUAAAGAUAUGGAAAAUCUCAGAGUCAGUAGUCAAGGAUUCCAAGUCAACUUGCUGGAUAAAGAAAAUCUCGAAAUCAAGGGGGGCCUGAAGAUUCUCGAAAACCAGGGGCAACAGGUGAAAGAGAUGAUGAAAAAUCCGGGUAUAGAACAGGUAAUAGUAACGCUAAGGGAUGAUCUGAAAAGAGAGCUGAGGGGAGAUCUUAACGCGAAGGAAAAGCUGAAGGAAAAGCUGAGGGAAAAGCUAUGGGAGAACCUGAGGAAGCAGUUGAGGAAAGAGGUGGGAGCCGUCUGGAUGAAGGGUCUAAAGUCCUCUCUGCAAGAAGAAUCCGCCGCAUCCAUUGCGAUCCUCGGCAUAACGCAGAUUAGAGACGCAAUAAUGACUGGUAUCAGAUGGUCUCGUCGUGGUACCCCUAUGAUGUUCCCAAAAGGAGAGGCCAAGCAAUCCCAGCCCGAGGCCCACCGCUUGAAGCUUGAAACUGACUCUGAACCGGUGUUGGUGUCGGUAGAGCUUAAAUUGGAGCUUGCUGAGAGAAAUACCAGAGUGCCCUUGGUUCUCAAAAGUCUGCCGUGCUCCCCUCAGAAGGCCGCUGUGGAUACGUUGAAACAGGGAUUUGAGUGUGCACUGCCAUACAUGCCCAGUGCCCGGUUCGGCAACUUGAUCACGGCUGAUCGGGGGGAAGUUGAUGGCUUCCGAAAAAUUGCCAACAAGGUUCAUGAAUGGCACCUAGGCAACGAUGAUUCUAAGCCAUUAUCCAUUGCCGUGUUUGGGCAGCCAGGGUCUGGAAAGUCCUUUGGUGUGAAGGAGGUCAUCAAGUCCAUACUGGCUGCCAAUGGGAAAAGAAUCACAGAUUUAGAAUUCAAUCUCUCGCAGUUCCGCAAAGAGGAGCACCUCCGACAGGCAUUUGAAGUCAUCCGGGGCAAGGCAGUCUCCCAAGAGAUGCCUGUUGUAUUCUUCGAUGAAUUUGACUCGACUUUUAACGGCAACGAGCUGGGAUGGUUGUCGCACUUCAUCGAACCCAUCACGCAGGGCAAAUACCAGGAUGGUGAGGAAAUGCGGCCACUGGGACGUGGCAUCUACAUCUUCAUCGGAGGCACCAAGACAAACUAUGAGGACUUUUUCUCAGGAGUAACAACUGAGAGGGGAGAUGUAGUGGAGACCAUCGAUUUCGACGCCCCAGAAGCCCAACUCACGACAUACCUUGGAGCUCUCCAGCUAGAUCCUAGACCAAUUUUAGAACCUUUGGUUUUGGAUGUCUCCAGUAUGUCCCAAUACGACGACUUGAAGAAGAAAUUCUACAAGAUCAGGGACAUUGCACUAGAAAAAAAGGUCCCACUGGUCUUCAGAAAUUUCGACAGCGAUCUUCGCAGCGAUUCUGGCACGGAGAAGCUGGGAUGGCUGAAAUACUUCCUCGCUCCAAUGCAAGACGGCGAAUUCUUCGACCACGGCAGCCGACAUCCCCUCGGGCGCGCCAUCUUUGUUUUUGAACAGGGGAAAGAACACUUCAACGGAUUUCCUAAAGCAGAUUUGGAUUCACGCUUAUUUCCAGGUGCGAAACUACCUGACUUCGUGAGCAGACUCCGAGGGCAGGUCCAGGCUGGAAGCAACUGCAGGCCUCUCAAGAAUAUUCUUACUUGGUAUUUGGAAAACAACAAGGCAAGCAAACCACUCUCAAUUGGCAUGUUCCGGAACAUCCCUGAUCGCAACGAUGGAGUCAAGAAAAUAUUCAAGAGUACUUUGCAAGGACAUGUAAACAUUCUCGGGCCCAGCCAGUUGGGACCCGAGGACGAGGUCUAUUUCCCCAUACGACGAGCGAUUCUGCUUCGGAGCAUGCUUGAAAGGAUCUUUGACUUUGACAAAGGAAAACUAAUCGACAUGGAUGAUGGUGUCCUCAAUGCACUGUUGUUCACCUCCAGCGUCCUGCAUGGUGCUCGUUCCCUGGAGUCAAUUCUGUCCAUGAGCAGGAUACUAAAAGGAGUGAAAAUCGCGAAGGAUGAUCUCUGCAAAGAGGAUCAGCGCAUAUUGCAUGUGAAUAAUCCGGAUUUCCAGGCAUACUUGGAAGGCACGAAGUCCGCCCCGGCUACAACACGCAAUGAGCAGCAUUAUGCUUGGAUUGAACGAAAAUCAGGUAGAUCUUACAAGCGCGAGGUCCAGCAUUGA